UCCCCAAUUAUUCCGAGAAAUUAGGCACGAUUUAAUUAAGAGCAGUGAGCACUUCUUGGCAAUCGAAUUCCACCUCAUCAAUAUUCUGAUAUCGAUUUCGCGCAACAGAUCCCUCUACACAUUAUCACAUAAACCUCGGAGAAAAAGAAAGAAAAAAACACACACACCUGCCACUUCUCUCACUUAAGCAGUCUCUGAGAAUUUAAAAAAUUGGAGAAGUGUCGCAAUCCCCAAAUAUGCCCCUUUUCCAAAUAUUUGACCGUUUUGUACAUCUUCUUUGUACUUCCUCUAUCACCACGCCCUCCUCCUUCCUCUCCCCAACAUACUGUAUAUAUAAAAAGAUUUUAUUUUUUCACAUUUAUUGUUAGUGAAUAUUUUUGCCUGCAAACCCAGGUUUUAUUUAAUAUUCAGUUCUUGUUCAGUUUUUAAUUAAAUCUAUAUUACCCUUAAUGUAAAAUUUAACUUCUUUGUUUCCAGUUUGUUUGCAUCACACUCCAGUUCCACCGUGCACUACAUAAUAAACUUCACUUUUUUCUUCUUUUCUAAUAUUGAUAAUUUUUUCUUUGUAUCUUGAACUUGAUUUUUCUUAAAGUUAAAUGCUUAUUCUUAAAAUUUUAUGGAAUUAUAUGUAUAUUUACACUACAUUCUCAGUUUUCUCAAAUGGGGUUUCUCUAAAUUUGAUGUAUUGUGGAGUAAUAAGGAGGAAACUGCUUGGUUUCAAUUUUAAAACUCAAGAUUUGAAUUUGGACUUGAAAAUUUUGAAAUUUUGAGAUAAAUUUAUAUAUUAGGAAUUCAUAGAAGUUUGUUUGUAGUGCAGUUAAAGUUUCCCUCCUAUAUUUGUUUGUUUUAUUGUCCAUUUACUUUCAAGAUUUUAGUUGUCUUUUUCUUAGGUAAAUGUCACAUUGCCUUGCCAUGAAUUUAGGCUGGGACUUGAAUACUUUUGAAUAAUUGCCAAAUGUCAUAUUUUGUAUGUUUUACUUCUGUUGCUGAUGUUGCUUUUAUGUUAUUUUGUUACAAAGUAGAAGUCUGAUUUGAGUAAAUGUAAAUUGUAUCUGAGUUGUAUAGUGGGAAGGUACAUUAUAAGAAUUUUGGAUUACAUUUGAGGUUCACUAGAUUACAAGUUUUUUCCAGAGAGGAUUGUGUUAAGUUAGUCGAAACGAAUCCUCAAUUUAUUGGCAUUGUCAGUUUCCGGGUUCAAAUAGCAUAAAUAAGGGUUUUCAAGGCUGUAAUAAGGCAUUGAGUGCUUUUGGGAAAUGGGGCACUAUGCACCUGUCUGGGAUCAUAGGGCUUCGGUCGAAGUAACGAAAGAUCCGAGUGGUAUGAAUCAGGUCACGCUUCGUAACCCUAAGGGUGCCUCUGUACAGGUUAGCUUGCUCGGAGGACAAGUUACGUCUUGGCGGAAUGAUCGAGGUGAAGAGCUCCUAUUCACCAGCAGUAAGGGCAUUGUCAAAUCUUCGAAAGCUGUACGAGGGGGAAUCUCUGUUUUCUUUCCCCAGUAUGGAGUUGAGCAACAUGGAUCUGCCAGAAACAAAAAUUGGACCAUUGAAGACGACGCUCCAUCUCUAAACUCUUUUGACACCCAAGGAAAAUCUUUUGUUGAUUUGCUGCUCAAACCAUCAGAAGAUGAUCUGAAGUUCUGGCCUCAUGCCUUUGAGUUUCGGCUUCGGGUUUCUCUUGCAUCAGAUGGAAGCCUGUCCUUGAUAUCUCGUAUAAGAAACAUCAACGGCAAACCGUUCAGCUUCUCAUUUGCUUACCAAACAUAUUUCUCUGUUUCUGACAUAAGUGAAGUGCGGCUAGAAGGUUUAGAAACACUGGAUUAUCGUGACAAUUUGUGCAAGAAAGAACUCUUUACGGAACAAGGAGAUGCCAUAACAUUUGAAGCUGAGAUUGACCGCGUCUACCAUAGUUCUCCAAAUUGCAUUGCUGUUCUUGAUCAUGAAAGGAAGCGAACAUAUCUGAUAAGAAAGGAAGGGUUACCAGAUAUUGUGCUAUGGAAUCCCUGGGAAAAGAAAUCCAGAGCAAUGGUGGAUCUUGGCGACACAGAGUACAGGAAGAUGCUUUGUGUUGAUGGAGCAGCAAUUGAAAAACCCAUAACUUUGAAGCCAGGAAAGGAGUGGACAGGUCGCGUGGAGCUUGUGGUUGUACCAUCAACCCUUUGCAGCGACUUUAGUCCCUCCAAGUCUGGCCAAAAACGUUUUAGAAAUCGCUAAAUUGCUAAGGCGAGGGAAUGUAGACUAUUUUAAGUAGUUUCUACUUUCUCUAGGAUGGGAUCCAUUUGCUAAAUGACAGUGUAAUUGACAGCCAGUGAUUGUCAAUGGUUGCUCCACUGUCUUAUAUUUGAAGGAGGGAAAAGUUUUCUAGACUAUAAUUGUUUUUUGUUUUGAAAGAGGGAAAGUUUUAUUGUUUUAUGUUUUGAAAGAGGGAAAGUUUUAUAGACUAUAAUUGUUCCAUUGCAGUACAAUUUUUAUUUCUGACUUCUAUGCUUUA